AUGCCGCUAAUCUACAGCGCCGUCGCGCGCGGCGCGGCUGUGCUGGCUGAUUACAGCGUCUUUGCCGGCAACUUCAACCCCGUUGCCAAGGACUGCCUGUCCAAGGCACAAGGGGCAGGGCGCUUUAGUCACACAGUCGACAACCACCUGUUCAGCUUCCUGGCAGAGGACGGAUACAACUUUGUCGUCGUCACGGACGAUGCCGCGGGGCGCACCAUACCCAACGCAUUCCUGGAUCGCCUCAAGCAGGACUUUGUGGACAGGUAUGGCGACAAGGGCAAGACCGUUCCUGAGGGUGGUCUGAGCAACUACAGGAACAAGCUGAAGGACCUGAUGGAGCACGCCACCCAAUUCCCAGAGGAGUACUCCAAGGUUUCAAGCGUCCAGAAAAAGGUGGAGGAGGUGAAAAACAUCAUGGGUGACAACAUCGAGAAGGUGCUGGCCAGGGGGGAGCAGCUGGACCUGCUGGUGGACAAGACGGACAACCUCUUGUUCGAGGCGGACCGGUUCGUGAAGAGCGGCCGCGCCCUGCGCCGCAAGAUGUGGUGGCAGAACUGCAAGAUGAAGCUCGUGAUGGCGGGCGUGGUGGUGAUGGUGCUCUUCAUCAUUGCAAUGCUCAUCUGCUUCAGCGGCGGCGGCACCCGCUGCAUCAAGAAGAAGGCCCACGCCAGCCCCAGCCCAUCCCUCGCGGCGCCUGCCGCCCCCGCCCCUGCGCCGGCGGUCGGAGGGGCAGGCAGGCAGUUACUGUUUGAUAUGGCACACGUUGCAUUUGACCACACAUUCUGA